AUGGGUAUGUCUAAGAAAUUAAUGAAGGCUAUAAUUAUAUAUGUGGCUCUUAUUAUGGUGUUCUUCACAUUUGCAACACUCAAGACCAAUGCACAAGAAGUGAUAAUAAGCUAUGACGCUCUCGCUCAAGAUCAUGCAUGGGGAUGUAGUCCAAAGUAUCCUAAUUUACCAGCUUGUCAGAAAGAAAAGGUCAAUCCUUAGUUUCAAAUAUGCGGAGUUAUACUUUUUCAAGUUCUGUUUAUUAUAAAACAGUAUCGUUUACUGUUUAUACCCAAAUGUUUACUUUAAAUUUAUGGUGUUUAUAUGUGAAGGAAAAGUGAUA